CUUGAAUGAAUCACCUUUUCGGUCCCUCGUAUAAGAAAAAGAUGAAGUUUCUGGACUGGUACUUGAAGAUAGCAGUUGGGUCCGCCUUGAUCGGAGCUUCGAUGGAGUUCUUCAUGAUUCAAACUGGUUUCUACGACACUGUAACUGUUCUAGAGUCUGAGAAGCGAGCUUGGGAGAAUUCGCCCGAAGCUGAAGCAAUCAAAAAGGCUCUCAAUCCUUGGAGGGAGAAUGAUAAGGAGACAAGGAAGAAUUCCUAGUUAUAAGGAGAUUCAAGAUUGACAAGUGAUUGGAGAACCAUUGUCGAAUUUUCAAAAUUGGAUUUGCUCAUGCCGUUAUGAUUGUUUUGUUUUCAAUUGUGAGUUGACAUUGUAGUAAAACCUCAAGGAGAUUUGUGAACUGGGAAUUUUGAAGAGAAUAAAUUGAAAAUGUCUUGUUUUUUUGGUGGAUAAGAAAAUCAAAACUUUUGAUGUAA